CAUACUUUUCACUCUCCUGUUUAGAUUUAAUGUGAAUUCGUGUGGGCACAUUUAACUUGCAAUUAUGCCGUCAGUUUAUGGUAAAUUGUUUUAGACCUUCAUUUGCGUGAGUGUGUGGUAAAAAGGGCACCCUUAUACGGUGUCGUUAGCUUAGCAGCACCCUUAGGAGAAAUUGUUAAGCUGAGGUAAUACAUGCUUAAAUUUUUAUUCAGGAAACAUGGCUGAGGAUCCUGUCAAUGUGAAUGAGUAUCAAGAAUUGGCUAGGCAAGCCCUUCCAAAAAUGUACUAUGAUUUUUAUGCCGGGGGAGCAGAAGACCAGUAUACACUUCAAGAAAACACGGAAGCCUUUCGCAGAAUAACGUUUAGGCCGAGGAUCCUCAUUGAUGUGAGCAAAAUUAGUUUGUCGACUACUAUAUUGGGCUAUCACGUUUCUUCCCCCAUUAUGAUUGCUCCAACUGCUAGGCAUAAUUUAGCACAUCCUGAAGGUGUGAAACCUGAAUUUUUUCGGAGGAACUCUUUCGCAUGUUUGCUUGUUUUGAUUUUAGCGAUGCAAUUUUUCCAUCUUCCAGGAGAGGUUGCCACCGCAAGAGCAGCUGCUGCAUGUAAUGUCAUCAUGAUUCUUUCAUAUAUGUCCACGUGCACUGUAGAAGAGGUCGCGUCCAGCUGUGAUGCCAUUCGAUUCUUUCAAAUAUAUGUAUACAAGAGACGGGAUAUUGCAGCUCGGCUAGUACAAAGAGCUGAAAGAAGUGGAUACAAAGCUAUUGUUCUUACUGUUGAUGUUCCCAGACUUGGCAGAAGGGAGGCAGACAUAAAGAACAAGUAAAAUGCUUUCCUCUUCCUCUCUCGCUCCCCCAUCCCCCUGGUGCAUGGAUAUCAUGGUCAUGAACAAAGUUCGGGAUGAGGGUUCAAAUGUAAAAGCUUUUGCUGAUUCAACUGUUGAUGCUUCUUUGAGUUGGAAGGACAUUGGAUGGUUGAGAUCUAUAACAAAAUUGCCGAUUCUGAUCAAGGGAGUUCUUACACACGAAGACGGUAAGAUCUAGGAUUGUAUUCUCAAAGAAAAGUGGUUGAGGAUUCGUCUGAAGACCGUUUUGUGUCCUACUUUCAACUUGAGCUUACUUAGCAUAUUCAUUGCUUAAACCAGUGUUCCAAAACCAGA